AUGCUUCGCUCCCUUCUGACGGUGGCCUUGGUGGCCGGCCGCGUGUGGUCGUACGACCAGCUGUUCGGGUUCAACGGGAAAUACAUCAAAGAGAGCCGCACCAUCGACGAGAUCUACAAGGCUGCUCUGGCCGAGGGCGGUCGGUGCUCUCAAUGGAUGGGCGGCGACGAGAAGGGAGAUGAGGAUGCCAUCAAACACGAGUUCGAGGCACGCUGGCCUGGCAUCACCCUCGAACUGACCACGGACCUGAGCAAGUACCAUGCCGUCAGGUUCGAUGAACAACUCGCCAAGGGCAACGUGACGGUGGAUUCGAUCGCCUUCCAGACCGUCGAUAGGUUCCCUGGCUGGGACGCCGAGGGCGCCCUCCUCCACUACGCGCCGCUCGGGUUCGACAUGAUCUACCCGCCCAUGCGCGACGUUCGUGCUGCUUUCUACGGCAUCUUGACCGUCGGCUGGGCCGGCAAGUGGAACAUGGACAAGCUGCCCGGCAUAGAGCCCCCGGUCGAAUUUGAGGACUGGCUUCGUCCCGAGUUCAAGGACAAGCUGGUCCUUACUCAUCCUUCGGAUGAUGAUGCAGUCAUGUAUGCCUUUGACUUGAUCAUGCAACAAUACGGCAGAGAGUGGUUUGAUAAGAUCCUGGCGCAGAACCCACGCUGGGUCCGCGGCACGCGUACUCCGGACACCAUCAUGAACGACCCCAAGGCCCAAUGGGCUGCCAGCUUCACGUCCGACGGCCUGUUCCCUACCAAGACGGUGAACGUUUCGCACCCGGUGCAGGGCCAGUUCGUCACGUGGUUCCAGCUUGCCGCCAUCCCCAAGGACGCUCCCCACCCCGAGUGCGCCAAGCUGCUGCACAACUACAUGCUCUCCAAGGAGUGGCAGUCCACCCGCGGAUCCUGGCCCGUCCGCCGCGACGUCGACCCCCCGGCUGGGUACCCCGGCAUUUUCGAGAUGCCUGGCACCAACAUCACCUACUUCCGCGAGUGGAUGAACGACCGCGUUCGGCUGGAGAGGCUCCGGCUGUGGUUCGAGGACAAGCUUGGCACCCCUCAGGGUCUGAGCCCGCUCAUUGAUGAUAUCUGA